AAACCGUUGUGUGUGGAUAAGGGUUACUUUGGGUUUACUUAUUAUCAAUGCUUGUAGUUAUUUGUUGUAAGCUAUUAGUUAAACAACAAAAGUGAAUUUGCUAUUUAGUUUAGUAAGCGUGACAUUGAAAUGACUCUUAACAGGAUCACCAGAGUUGCAAUGAGCUAAACGCGAUACUGACGUGUUCAAACAAAACUUGUAGGUAAGCGAUCGAACAAUUGAACUUCCGAUCAGCAUUUGUGAAUGAUAAGUGCAAGAUUAGCGAGAUGCCAUCUGAGCCGCGACAGUCGACGAGUACGGAAGACAAAGGGAAGGCCAUGGAGACCAACGCGCCCCGGCCCAUGAGGGUGAUUACAUACCCUCCAGAGAGCAGCGCCCAGGGUAUACUGGACACUAUGAACAAGCAUCGAGAGGAAGGUAAAUUCUGCGAUAUUCAGCUGAAAUUAUCACAGUCGAGAACUAUAUUUGCCCACAAGGCCAUACUGGCUCAAAGCAGCGAGUUCUUCGAGCUGAUGUUUGCAAGUGAUUUUAUUGAAAGUGCUAGUGGUGAGGUGGAUGUCUCGCAUCUGGCAGAUAACCCCGAGACGAUCGAGAGUGUUAUAAAGAGUUUCUAUGGACAGGCGUUCGAACUGACGAUUAAAAACGUGUACGACGUUCUCAAUAUGGCUGAGAUGCUGUGUCUAGAACCGAUGAAAGAGAUGUGUUCGUUGGUUAUCCAAGGGAAUAUUUAUCUAGAAAACAUGCCCUCGUUGAUACAAAUUGCAAUGAACUUCAGUCUUGAGGCGCUUCAACAGCAGAUUGCUCCAAUUAUUGGAUCUAGAUUCCACGACUUUAUCUUGCUACAGGAAGAUAUAUUGGAACUUAGUCCCAGUUCAUUUGAGUAUCUAAUAUCACAUAUAAAGACUAAAUUCAUAUGUAGAAAAGCUGAGUAUAUUCUGUUUGUGCUGAAAUGGUAUUCAAGGUCAGAAACAGAAGAACGUGCCGAGCUGAUGUUGCGUGCUCUUGACGUAGAGUUUAAAAUAAGCCGACAUACGUACAUGGAAUUAGAAGGCAGAAUCGAGACCAUAAAAGAACAUCUAGAUGAUGCGAACGCUUUCGUCGAUGCUCAAACACGAGAAGAAUUACUUCUGAAGCUCGCUAAACUGCAACCUGACGGCAUCGCUAACGAGAGACAUUUACACAGUCUUAACACUUUGUGUGAUUCAGACCUUGAGGAUCUGCCACCGAGGGAACGGUGUGAGUUUGAUUACAAAUGGCCGGAGUACGGUCCUCGAACAAAGGAGAAGGGCUAUACCGAGAAAGAACAGGAAAUGUACGUCAAGCACCAUGCAGACAUGGCGGAGGCUGAACAACACAGGGAGUGGGCAGCCAAGUAUCCACAGAAGUUUUCAUUGAGAGGAGACGAUGAUCCAAAUCGACCCAAACGCAUACGUCGAGAAGUCGAUCCGAAACCCUAUCCAAACAGAAGUUUUCAUGUGAAGACUGAUGAAGAAAUUCUUGAAGAGUCUAAGCUGCUGAGUGGUAUUGUUGUUCUUGCGCCAUCGUCAAUUAAUGGGUUUAUCUCAAACGACACACUUGAUGUAUCUAUAUAUAUAACAAGAAAACGCGGCUGGUACAAAAUAACCAGGCUUGAUAUGCAUAGUAUCAUGUUGGCAUUUCCAGGUUACACAAAACCUUCCGACAAAUCUAAAGAACCGCCAAGGAUGAAAAUACGUAAUACGUUAUACGGAGCUGCGUACAGAGACCAAGAUUCUGAUGACGACGACGAGUACGGCGAUAGUGCUGAAAUGAAGCGAAUGAUGCACAUGAUGCGUGGGGCCGAACCGCGCGAUAUGAUGAUGAUUAUGCACAGUAUGCCGCCAUCGAUCCGCAGGCGAAUGGAACGGGAGAUGAUGCGAGGCCGUAUGCCUAGGUCGAUGGAAAUGUUUGGUGGAAUACCUUUUGAAAUGAUGGACGAUCAUAGAAGCCGUGGAAUGAAUGCUGGUCAGGAUACUGAAGUGCGUCUCAAAGCACCGCCGCCUCUAAGUGACAUACUCUGGAAGACAUUGUAUUUCAAGCACAGACUGUACUUUUAUCAUCAGCUAGCUUGCAGUGCAGUCUAUUGUCAUGAUAUCGAGAAAUCGUCUUGGUCCCAAUUAAACUUUGAUCUGUCAGUGGAGAAAAAAGACGAAGACGAGCGUAAAUUGUCUAGCAUUGCAGAUGGCAUUGAGCUUGCAGUAAUGGGUAGGACACUGUACGCUGUGGUAAGGAUUGUCCACCCGGACUACCAUCAGUAUAUACGGUACAUGACCCAGUGGCGACGCGAUCAAGAGGACGAAAAAGAGAUUACCGUCCAUGCCCGCUACAAGAUUUUUAAGUUAAAUGAAAGCGAACAGAAAUUUGACCAUAGGAAUACAACAACGAAAUUAUACAUACAAAUUCCAAUAGACAAAGAGAAGAAAGUGGGGAAUGAUAAAGAAACUGAGCAAGAUAAAGCUCGGGCGAAAGAAAGACGACUCACGGAGCUGUUCAUGAUGCAAAACAUUCCAAUGAAACCGUUAAGACACGGUCUGUUCACAACUAUUUUGUUCGUUGAAAAUGACGAAACGCUGCAUAUUUUUACUGGUCACAAGACGGACAAGUACUAUUUAGAAAAGGAACUUCGCGAUGAUGAAACUGUAUUCCAGAUAGCAACAUAUCUCAUUUAUUACGCAGAUUCAAAUGAAUCUGAUUCAGUCGGUCCUUACUCAUCCCAUAAAUGGAUAGGCGACUUAAUACCAGUCGAGGAUGAUCGCCUGGUUUUCUUAUUGAACAGUAUGUUGGACGGAACGAUAAUGAUUAACCUCGAAAUUCCAGUUGACCAAAACGAUUCCAGUCGGGUUGCAUGUUGGAAACAAACGCAUGUAACAGAUUACUACGAGGGAAUGAAGGGGCAUCCUCGACGCCAGUUCAUUUGCGUCGGUGACGACAAAUCCAUGUGGGUAAUUCGUGGAAAAGAUGACAACACAAGUGAACUGAUGGAGGUAUAUAUGGUUGCAUUCAACCGGAAAGUGAGUUUCAAAAGAAACACAGCAGAACACACACCGCCCCCGUACCGAUUGUUUACCAUGGGAUGCUGCGCUAAAUUUGAUCCGGAAAUUUUACGGAAAAACAUCGAGCCGUUAACGUAUCAACACGUAGAAUGAUUCACAUAACUUUUUUAUACUUGCCGCAGUAAUGUCUGGUCCGAUUUCGUAUCGGUUGGUUUCUUUAUUAUAUCUUUAUAUCUAUGUUAAUACAAUAUUAAUAUUCAAAAUGUGAUCGUUAUUUGUAUUUGUAAGCCUGCUUCGCAUUAUAAUAUGCCGGUGUAAGCGUUAAAUAUUAGGUUAUAAUUGAACUAUUAGUGAAUCUUGUAAUGCCCCUACGGAGUUUGAAAUGCUUCCGGUCCGUUUAAAACAUGGGCGCCAUGAAACGGGACGCGGCAGUUUAGGUUUUAUGGCAACAGUGAGUCACUGAAGUCUGAAGUUUUGUCCAAUCUUUAUAAAACUCGCGCAUAACUUUUGUUGUAAUCAUAUCUCAGCUGAGUUGGAAAAUGCGAGCGGUUCAUUAUAAAAACAAAACCAUCUGGAGGCGGGGCAUUUUUCUUCAUAUGACCAUAGUGAACCUUGUGAAAACUCUAGAUGUCACUUUUUUCUUCAACAUAAACGUUGAAAAAUAAUGUGCUCUUAUGAUGUAUUAGCUGAUUUGGAAAAUGGUUCCGGUUCGUUUAAAACAUAGCCUUCAGGGGUGGUGGCGGUGCAGUUUUGUUUAUUUGGCUACCUUAAAAAAACUUGUUUAUACUAUCAGUCAUAUUAAGUUCAAGUCCAAGUUUCAUGAAAUUUUCUCAGCACCUUUGAUAUAGCGAUACCUUGGCCCUGUUUGAAAAUGGCUCCGAUCCUUUAAAAAACUAGCUAGAGUUUAACAUAUAAAAACACUUUAAGUCACAUGUUUUGCCUAAUAAACAUUUAGUUUAUCAAAACAAAUGUUCUUUUGAUAUCUUUGCGGAUUUUACUAAGGUUAAAGGCCACAUUUAACAUAUAAAAGCAUCACAAGCUCCAUGAAACAGUUUUGUUCCGUCGUUUCUCAACUGAGCAACCCUGGGCCUUUUGCCCUGAUGUUUUACUGUUGUAUUAAAUGUGCUACAGAUUUGUUGACAAAUCCAAGAAUGUUAAUGUAUAAAUUGACAUCAAUACCUGUGUUUCACACAUGGUGUUUUAUAACUUACUGACAUACAUGUUUGUAUUGUUUCUAACUCUCCAAAAAUAAAUGUAUACUGUG